AUGCGUUUCUUUGGUCUUGCAGCAGCUGCUGCACCCAUUGGACUGGCAGCUGCAGGCGUCAUUCAAGCCCGAAACUCUGAAGAAACCUGUUCCAAUCUGAUUUCCACCGGUGAGGUUCUUCAUUUGUCCCUUAGCAUCGUGGAAUACCCUGUUGUUGUCGAUGUUGAGCUCGAGGAAGACACCGUUGUUACUAUUGACAACACUAUCCUGAUUGAAUGCACCAAUGCUCCCACUCAUUUGCAUACCACUGUUUAUGCCACCACUACCGAGACUGUCACCAAGACUAUUUCCACUGCUACCGUCACCGCAACCGGUGAGGUUGUUUCCAUUGUUACUGAUACUGCUACUGCUGGUAAUGACAAUGGUCGUACUGUUAUAACCAAGAUUGGCACCAAGACCGCCGUUGCCGGUGGCUCUGCUGUCGGCUCCGGCAUCAACACCAAUCUUUAUACUGCUUCCACAUCCAACACUGCCGUUCGCACGAUGACUUCUACCGCGUACCACCACGGAAGUAGCACUGUCAAGACCUAUACGACCACUGCCACUUCUGCCAUCUCCACUGCCACACUUGCCGCCGGCGAGUAUACCGAUUGGACCUCUUUUAAGGCCAACGGUGUUAACCUCGGAGGUUGGCUAGAGCAAGAAGAGGUUUUCGACCAGUACUGGUGGGACCAGUACGCCCCCAAUGCCACCGAUGAAUGGACCUUUUGCGAGACCUUGGGUGACCAGUGUGGUCCUGUUCUGGAGCAGCGAUACGCCUCUUAUAUCACCACCGAUGAUAUUGACAAGGUUGCUGCUGUUGGUGUCAACACUCUUCGCAUUCCUACCACCUACGCUGCUUGGAUCAAAUUCCCCGGAUCUGCUCUGUAUCACGGCAACCAGAAGGAGUAUCUGAAGGAAAUUACCACAUAUGCUAUCGAGAAGUACAACAUGCGCAUCGUCGUUGGUCUGCACUCUCUUCCUGGUGGCGUGAACUCCCUCGACAUCGGAGAGAAGGCUGGCAACGACGGCUGGUUCCAGAAUUACACCAAUCUGGCUUGGUCCUACAAAGCAGUCGACCAGGUUCUGGAAUUCUUUGUGGAAACCGGCUAUCCCUGGGCAUUCACCAUUGCCCCCAUUAACGAGGCUUCCGAUAACCCGUCUGCCUUCGCAUCUGUCAACACCCUGACUACCAAUGGCACCAACUGGAUUCUCAAGUACACCAAUGGUGUCUUGGCUCGCGUCGCCCGUGUUGAUAAGCGCAUCCCCGUCAUGCUGCAGGACUGCUUCCUCGGGGAGGAGCAUUGGUCCCCCCACUUUGCUACCGGCACCAAUCUGGUCAUCGAUACUCAUGUGUACUACUUCGCUGCCUCGGGUGUCUAUUCGCAGUGGGCAAAUGGCGCUAUUUGUGGCCAGGCCUCCGCUGUUGGCGGUGAUGGCAAGUUCCCUGUUUACAUCGGUGAAUGGGCCCUACAGACUCUCUACAGCAACACUUUCAAGAACCGCCAGAGUCUCUUCAACACUCAGCGGUAUGCUUGGAGCUACUACGCCCAGGGCGGCUCGUUCUGGAACAUCAAGCACAACAGUAGCGCUGCUGUUGACGGACAGGGUACCCAGCGCGAUUACUGGUCUUACGAGCGUCUUAUUGAUGCUGGUGUCAUCCACAAGCCAAUCUCUAAUGCUACCUACUGCUAA